GUUGUUAAAGGAGAUGGGCUGGCAGGAAGAGAGUGAAAAUGAUGAAACAUGUGCUCCACUAACAGAGGAUGAGAUGAGGGAAUUCCAAGCCAUUAGUGAACAGUUACAAAAAAAUGGUCUUCGGAAAAACGGCAUUUUGAAAAAUGGCCUUAUCUGUGAUUUUAAAUUUAGCCCCUGGAAAAACAGCACUUUCCAACCUGCUCUGGAGAAUGAUGAUUCUGAGACAAGCAGCAGUGAUACAUCAGAUGAUGAUGAUGUGUGAAGAUUUCUGUAACAUCUGUAGAUGCUCGUUUUUUUCUCAUGAAAAUAUGGGGAUGUAUGGUUUAAAACAAAUCUUAAUUUAUGUAGUAACAUGCCUCAUUAGAGGAAGAUUGAUGGGACUUCUCUCUGAAGAAAGCAAGAAACAUUGUGUUGGGUGUGUUGAACAUUGCUAUAAUUUCUUUGUAAACAAAUGUUUUAGAAUGAGGACUUGGGUUGACCCAGCAUUGACUUUCUUCCUCACUGCAGCAUUUCUGACUAGCAAUGUGACAAUGUAACAAAUCAGACUUUCUCAUUUAAUAAUAAAAACAAAAAGAAUUGCAA